UAGGUAAGACAACAGAGGCCAGAUUAAUCGUCAGAUCUUGUUGGGUUGGGCACGCCAGUUGAUUGUGAUGCCGCUCCAGGCCUGCCCGCCUGCUUCGUUGGAAUUCCACCGUAUUUGGCCUUUCCCUUGAUCUUUCUCAUUUCUUUAAGCAACAAAGCUUGUACCUUUCUCUUCAUCUCCAGCUACUCAGGUCUUCGUUCUAAAUCAUUGUUCAAGAAUCAAUGGUGACCCAGAGAGAGAACCCCGCCCCCCGUAGAGCUGUCCUUCCUCCACCGCUUUCUUGAUGUUUCUCAAUGUUGGUGUUCAUUUGACUGUGCUUUGUCUGUCUGAGGGUGGGAGGGAUUGGGGGUCCGCCUGACCCAUCUGGAAUCUCAGCUCGAUGAAGGAGUUUCCGGGGACCCCCGGGACCCUGACAGCUCUGGUCCUCAGGGUGUCUCAGUUUGUUUUCGCUGUCGGGUCCAUUGCUUCCAUGGCGACCACCGACAGCUUCUUCAACUUCACAGCUUUCUGCUAUUUGAUCGCAUCAAUGGGUUUACAAGUCAUCUGGAGCUCGGGCCUUGCGUUUCUUGAUGCGUACGCAUUAUUGAGAAAGAAAGUUAUUCACAAUCCUAUACUCGUCAGCCUCUUUGUCGUCGGAGAUUGGGUCACUGCGACUCUGUCUCUUGCAGCAGCCUCUGCCUCAGCAGGAAUAACUGUGCUGUACUUCAGUGACUUGGGCCGAUGUAGUUCUGGUGAGGAGUGCCAGCAAUAUCAAAUGUCAGUUGCAUUAGCUUAUAUGAGUUGGGUCAGUAUCGCCAUCUCGUCGCUACUAAUGCUCUGGCUAUUGGCAGCAAGUUAGGUCAUAUGUUGUUUAGGUGGUGUCAAUAGUGACAAACAGUCAGGUAGAAAUAUGAGAUGCAAAAGUUCAUUUGUCUGUCUCGAUUUUCGUACGUUCUAUGUAUGACAAACUGAAUGAAUGAAUAGAUUCAACUUGACAUUUGUAAAUACAGGAUUCUUUCUUUAACAUGAACUUAAUGAAAAUGGAAAAGGAGGCAAGUACCGCCGUUUUCUGUU